ACAUCACAAGUCAUUCAGUCACUGAAAUUAUCCACAAAACUAGUUAAAGUUAAGAUGUAAUUCCAAAAAGAUAGUAGAUUAAGCAAAAUGUUAAAGUUGUUUAUAAACCAUCAAUGGAUGACAUAAAACAAUCCAGAAACAUGAAUCAUGACACGUUCAUAAUCCUAAUUUUAACCAACAGUGGUUGCUUUGCAUUUUGAUUUGGUGGCUUUAUGUUUUCAUCUUAAAUAUGAGCAACAUUUUUCUCUCUUUGUAGCCAAAAAAACUUUCAGAAGGGACACCAAAUGUACACAUGGACAAAAGAAAGCAGAAUAAUUUAAGACUAGAUGAGAAAAAACAUUUGUUUGUGUGUUUAUGCGUGUUCCUGUGGUUUUGGACAGGAAGGGUUUUACAGGUGUCACUUCACAUGCUAGUACUUUGCUGUUAUUUCCUGCUCAACAUUUUGCUGCCUGACAGCGAAAGACUUACACUGACGGAGUUGAUGAUGUCUUUGUUUCUGAUUUUGGCUCUUCUGAUCAUCAAUAAUGAACCAGGAAUCGAUGCUUUCACUUCGGUUUUCGUGCGGAAGGGUGACGAUGUUUUUCUUAACGUCUCAGAAGCCGCUGUUCCCAAAGAUUAUCACCUCCUUUUAUGGAAAUUUGUCACAGAUGAUGUGCUGGUGUCUUUCUUUCCAAGUGGAAAAUCAAGCGUCCGCGGGGUUUACGUUGGGAGAAUCGACCUUUUGGAAAAUAAAUACUCCAUAAAGUUAAAAAACCUCCAAAAAUCUGACAGUGGACUUUAUACGGCGAUAGUAACAGUGACUUCAGAAGAAGUACUAGCUGAACAAAAAGUCACAGUUCAAGAUCCGGUGGGUCCGGUCGAUCUGACCGUUUCCGUGUCCAGCGACUCUUCCUCCUGUAACCUCACGGCGACCUGCACCGCCGACGGCGCCGACAUCAGCAGCACGUUCAGAUGUGCCGCUAAAACCUGCCUUCAAGAGGGGGGAGAGGGAUCAAAGGUCACCAAGUCUGGUGCUUCCCUCCAUCUCUUCCUGUCCCGUUCAACAAUCGUCUGUAACCAUAGCAACCAGGUCAGCUGGACAGAGAAAACAACAGAGAUUGAUCACCUUUGUCCAAAGAAUGCCGAUGAAGAUGACCUCCAUGGAUUUUCCAUUUGUUACGUGAAGAAAGUCGUUUUCUCA